GCAGCGCUUGUCACCAUGUUCGCAUGGCUCCGUGAUGAUUCUUCAGUUCUACUUCUCAGUGAAAUGUAUAUGAAUGUAUAGUUAGUUACUGUAGAAGCAAGGAUGUAGUGGUUUGGUUGUUAGAGCUCAUUUCACGGCGACAGUUGACUUCGUGCGCGAUUCGCCGAAGAAUAUGGGCCCAGCUCAGGAAUGAAGCAAGGAUCAUGAGACGAUUCGCGGUAGUUUUCGUUAACUAGGCGGAAGAAUUGCGGGCCGUGGCUUGACUGGCAGGGGCGAGUUUGGAUACAAAGGAGCGCAGCUUUGCAGGCUGUUUAGAAGACGUUAGCUACUGAUGACCGUUGUGUUGAAUCCAUCACGAUUUUUGACUUGGGUUUGAUUCGCUGGCUCUCGUGAAUGAUUGAAUCUCUGCAAUGGUUUAGCACCCAAGCUCCAGCGUUCCGAGGCCUUUUGGAAGUGGGAUCUGUGUUUUUCGGCCCUCAGCAAUCGGUUUGAAUUUUCAGAGGCACUGUAAGGAGAGAAUUAUGAUUCGAGGGUCUCGAUCUCUGAAACAGGCUCGCAUUUUACUGGAUCAUUUUGUAUGCUUGCGCAGUGGCAUUUCAGCGAUACGUUUCAUAUUCUAGGACUAGUGGGUUUUACGAGUUCCGGGAGGUGGUUCUGGCUUCAGCAACUAUGGAGGUCUUACGUUAUGCCGCAGUACUGCCUGGAGACUGAAUCAUUGAAGGGAAUUCCUGGAACGAGUGACGACUCUCAGAAGGGAGAAGAAUAUUUUAGGCUGCAAGAUUUUUGAUUUACGUUUCAUCACGACAUAGUUUCCAGGAUGCCGCAAUCCUCUGACCAUGGCCCUGUCAGGGAAGGAGAAGGAGAAGCGGCUACGCUCAUUGACACAGUCGUUCCCCCCUCGGACUCUUCCAGCUACAUUUCAGUUCCCUCAGCGGAGCUUGAUAUCAGUAGCGAACGAAACGGGAACAAUAAACCCUCUGUGGCGAUUCUUCCUCAUUCCAACAAGGAGUGGCAAUCAAAUGCAACUUCAUACUCCUCCAUUCCAGAUCACCCCAACACAUUGCUAGCUACAGACGAUGGCCCUCUGAUUCUCGGCGCGGUUCCGUUCUCACUUGACGGAAAGCAUAGUCCUACUCACAAUGGCUCAAAAAUCACCAAGAUUCUGCUCUUGGUAGCGUUGAUCCUGCUGAUUCUUGCAGUGCUGAUUGCAGUCGCUGUGGUUUUGCAAGCUCGCCGAGCCGGCUUUAAGAGAAUCAUGGAUAUCCGAGCUUUCAAGCACCGAACCGCCUUCCACUUCCAGCCCGACAAGGAUUGGAUGAACGAUCCGAAUGGUCCGAUGUAUUACCAGGGCUACUAUCACCUCUUCUACCAGUACAAUCCCGUAGGCGCGGUGUGGGGCAACAUCGUCUGGGGGCACACAGUCUCCACCGAUCUCGUUCACUGGCGUCAUCUUGAGCCUGCAUUGAAAGGAGACCAGUGGUAUGACAUUCGCGGUAUAUGGUCAGGGUCCGCCACGACCCUAUCAGACGGCACUCCUGUUCUCUUGUAUACGGGGUGGUCAGAAGCCUAUGAUCAGAUUCAGAGCAUGGCCAUCCCGGUUAACAAAUCCGACCCGCUGCUUCGACAAUGGCUAAAGGCUCCUCAGAACCCAAUGGCCGUGGUGCCUGAGGGAUACAACUCCAGCCAGUUUCGAGACCCAACUACCGCAUGGCAAGGGCCGGAUGGGUUGUGGCGCCUCCUGGUGGGCGCCAACACAGGGGAUGGGGGUACGAUCGGCACUGCUCUCCUCUUCAAGAGCAUUGAUUUCCAAGCAUGGAACUUCAGCCACAGUUUGCAUUCUGUGCCGGGAACUGGAAUGUGGGAGUGCCCGGACUUCUACCCCGUAGCGUUGUCUGGUACUUUGCUCGGCGCGGACACCUCAACUCACGGCCCGACCGUGAAGCAUGUACUGAAAAUCAGCGCAAAUGACAAGCUUCACGAUUAUUACAGUGUGGGUAGUUACAUCACCGAGAAUGAUACUUUUCUCCCGGAAAGCGUAAACCUAGACGCUGGAAUUGGCCUGCGGUAUGACUACGGAAAGUUCUACGCCUCCAAGUCGUUCUUUGAUCAGGCAAAGAGACGCCGCAUCCUCUUUGGCUGGGUCAAUGAAUCCGACAGCCAGGAAGCCAAUAUUCAAAAAGGAUGGGCAUCUGUCAUGUCAAUUCCGAGGCAAGUCUGGCUGGACAAUCGCACUACCACAGACCUCAUUCAGUACCCUGUGGAAGAAUUGAAUUCUCUGCGUGGGCCGGAGGUGUCUUCGGAGAACGUGACAGUAUGGGCUGGAUCUUUCGUUAAAUUGGAUGGCAUUCACGGCAACCAGCUCGACAUCGAGAUCUCCUUCGCAAUGCCAAACAGGAGCGUGGGGUUGCAACCACCGGAGCUGCUGGCAGAAUCUGGACAACUGCUGUGCAAUCAAAGAGGGGCUGUAGGGAACACAAAGAUCGGCCCCUUCGGCGUGUAUGUUCUCGCAACUGACGACUUCCGAGAACUGACCGCCAUCUACUUCCACGUCCUGCAAUCUCCCGGCGAGGGCUUGAAAAUACUCGUCUGCAGCGACCAAACCCAGUCGUCUGUGGCUCCGAAUCUAGACACAGCCUCGUUCGGGAGCUUCGUCCGGGUCUACGAGAGCGACCAAUACCUCACGCUCCGCAUCUUGGUGGACCAUUCCAUAGUGGAGACAUUCGUGCAAGGCGGACGAGCUGUCGUCACGUCUAGAGUGUACCCGGAGCUCGCUCUCGACGACGCAGCCCACGUGUAUCUGUUCAACAACGGCACGGAGCUCGUCACCGUCAUGUCGGUAAGAGCUUGGAACAUGAACAGUGUGCAGAUCAUUCCAUUCUCAUAGCUGGGUUCACGACACUUCUGGUCACCGCACAUGCCGAUUGUUAUUGUUGUUGUUGUCUUCUUCGGCGUUGUGGUUUUAGAUAGUGGGUGCAGCACAUGCAGAAUUGCUGAUGCAUACGAAGUCUAGAUAAUAGUAUCAGACAUGCUGCUGCUCCGAUUCUUCUCUGCUCUUUGAAGCAAGAAAACAAAAGCUCCGAACCUCCACCACGAACCGUGUUUCGUCACUUGUGAAACAAUGCUUCAAAAUGUGAUGUAUGGUCUUUAAUGUUGGACCAGCGUAUGAAAACCUAAAGCUGCGGUGGUGGAUAGAGCCCGGUGGAUUAAAAGAACAAGUUUUAUUAAAAAAUAUGGAAUCUCACCACAUUCUGCA